UAUAAGAUAUGGCAUUGCCAAAGCUCAUCUUUCAUUCCCACUCAAAAACGAUUCCUUGCUAAGGUCCUACUUUCUAUUGAUCUAAUCAUCUGCCAAGAUCAGCACUUUCAGUUGUGUGUGCUAAAUGGCUAAUCAACAGUUAAAGCCCGUUGCAGGUGGCCUACUAUUUCUCAACUUGUGUAUGUACAUCAUCGUAUGCGCCAUUGGAGGGUGGGCCAUCAACAACGCAAUCGAUCAUGGUUUCAUCAUCGGCCCGGGGCUUACACUUCCAGCCCAUUUUUCGCCAAUUUUCUUUCCUAUGGGAAAUGCGGCCACUGGAUUCUUCAUAUUGUUUGCGUUGAUCGCUGGAGUGGUGGGGGCCGCUUCGGCCAUCUCUGGAUUAAACCACUACCGAUCAUGGAACACCAAUAGCUUGCCAUCAGCAGCAUCAUCGGCUAUAAUUGCAUGGACUCUAACUCUCCUCGCAAUGGGUUUGGCAUGCAAGGAAAUUCAAUUGGAAAUUAGGAAUGCACGUCUGAGGACGAUGGAGGCGUUCUUGAUUAUUCUCUCGGCGACGCAGUUCAUAUACAUUCUGGCUAUUCAUGGGGCGUGGUAACCGCGAAGAUGAGAUAAAUUGGAAUAGUAUUUUGGAAAGUGGGAGGUAUUCAUAUGCGUCUGGAUUUUCAGUCUGUUGUGGAUUUAUGAAUGCAUGGGUUGGUUCUUGUGUAGCAUUUUAUUUGGAUUUAUGUGGUUUGUUUUAUUGGAUUUUUUUGUUCAAUGUAAUAAAUGUAAUUAUUUAUCAAUUUAAUGCGUGAUUUUAUUGCA